GUUCACACGAGAAUACGAAGUCCGUGGUUUAUUGCGACUUGCGAGAGAGAGAGAGAGAGAGAGAACCCGAAGGCGAGGAAGGGGAGAAGAGAAGGGAAGUAAUCUCCUUUAAUUCUCCGACGGUCUCGUGCUCCAACCGUUUACGGCAACCGGAUCUCCUGGUAAUCAUGACAACUUCAAGGCGACUUGCGGAUAGGAAGGUGGAGAAGUUCGAAAAGAACAUUACAAAGAGAGGAGCUGUGCCCGAAACAACCACGAAAAAAGGAAAGGACUAUCCUGUUGGUCCUGUUCUGCUUGGCUUCUUCAUUUUUGUUGUCAUUGGUUCAUCUCUCUUCCAGAUAAUCAGAACAGCAACAAGUGGAGGCAUGGCGUAAAACAUGACCUGAAAUUGAGAGAUGGCAGCAGAUGAAUUCCUGUCGUCUUUUGACUCUUUUUGUUAGCUGUUUAGAAAACCGAUGAUACAUCAACUAGUGUUCGUUCGUUCAUGUCGGGACUAACUCGAGUGUUUCUAAUAAAAGACAAUUUCCAUGUGUAGUAA